CCCCUUAUGACUCUCUAUUCCGGAAAUGCUCCCGGCUCCGCCGACCGCUCGGCCACGGCAGUAAAAUGGCGGCGGCCGCGGGUCGGCUGGCGGGCGGGCGUCUCCUGUGGGCCUGCCCGGGCCUCCUCCUUUCGCGGACCUCAGCCUUAGGGAAACGGUCUGUACAUCUUGGGAGAAGCAGAUUCAGAGCUACCAAGGCAGUAUCCCAAAUUGCCCUAAAUGUUCCUGAGACGAAGGUAUCUUCUCUAGAUAACGGCUUGAGGGUAGCAUCUGAAGAUUCUGGGAUUUCAACAUGCACAGUGGGACUUUGGAUCGACGCUGGAAGCAGAUAUGAAAAUGAGAAAAACAACGGAACAGCUCACUUCCUGGAGCAUAUGGCUUUUAAGGGGACAAAAAAAAGGUCGCAGUUGGAUCUGGAACUGGAGAUUGAAAACAUGGGAGCUCACCUUAAUGCUUAUACAUCAAGAGAACAAACUGUAUAUUAUGCAAAGGCUUUCUCAAAAGACCUGCCAAGAGCUGUGGAGAUUCUUGCUGAUAUCAUACAGAACAGCACACUUGGGGAGGCAGAGAUUGAACGGGAGCGAGGAGUGAUCCUUCGAGAAAUGCAGGAAGUUGAGACUAAUUUACAGGAAGUUGUCUUUGACUAUCUUCAUGCCACGGCUUAUCAAAAUACAUCACUGGGACGGACCAUAUUAGGACCCACAGAAAACAUAAAGUCCAUUAACCGUAAUGACUUGGUGGAGUAUAUUACAACACAUUAUAAAGGACCCAGAAUGGUACUUGCUGCUGCAGGAGGAGUCGCUCAUGACGAAUUGCUGGAACUAGCCAAGUACCAUUUUGGUAACUUGCCAUCUAUUGCAAAAGGAGGAGCGCCAGCUUUGCCCCCUUGCCGGUUCACGGGCAGUGAAAUUCGUGUGCGAGAUGAUAAGAUGCCUCUGGCCCACAUUGCGAUAGCUGUUGAAGCAGCCGGCUGGUGUCACCCGGACACCAUUCCUCUCAUGGUGGCAAAUACUCUGAUAGGCAACUGGGAUCGUUCCUUCGGAGGCGGCGUGAAUCUGUCUAGUAAGCUCGCUCAGGUUGCAUGUCAUGGCAACGUUUGCCAUAGCUUCCAGUCCUUCAACACCUGCUACACAGAUACUGGAUUGUGGGGUGUCUAUAUGGUUUGUGAGGGAUCAACCAUUGAGGACAUGAUGCACUUUGUUCAGAGAGAAUGGAUACGACUGUGUACUAGUGUUACUGAAAGUGAGGUUGCACGUGCGAAGAAUCUCUUGAAAACCAACAUGCUGUUACAACUGGAUGGUUCCACUCCCAUUUGUGAAGACAUUGGACGACAAAUGUUGUGUUACAAUCGUCGAAUCCCAAUUCCUGAACUUGAAGCAAGAAUUGAAGCAAUUGAUGCUCAAACAAUCAAAGAAGUCUGCACGAAGUAUAUUUAUGAUAAGUGCCCUGCAAUUGCUGCUGUUGGGCCGCUUGAACAACUCCCUGAUUACAACAGACUCCGUAGUGGAAUGUACUGGCUUCGUGCUUGACAUUUAUCGUAAAGCUUUCCUGGAGGCUUAAGGGAUGCUUUGUAGAGAUUUGCGAUGAUGGCUUUGAACUUUCAAGACUGGCAAACUGAUUCCUCCCCCCUUAACUAAAACUUUGCUUUGCUGUUCAACAACAAACCCAAGUGUGCUGCCUGAAGGACUUCUUUAAAACAUACAAAACAAAGUUCACUACAUGACAUUUUGUCUUGUGUUUCCACAAAGAAAUGUACAGCUAUCUAUAUAAAUAAAAAAGCCGUAUUAUA